AUGGAUAUUGAAUCCUCUAUUCAGGAGUCACUAACGCUGAAAACGUCGAAUAACGCACUUUCUAUGGAGCACCAUUCAAAGAUACGUCGUAGCAUAGGUUCCGCCUACACCAAUGUCGACGUCUUGCAGACCUACACCCAGAACCGAGAUAGUUGCUUUCCCGAGGAUGCUAAGCUCCCCACCGGCGACAUUUCCGAAUCUUUGAGCUUUCCCAAAGAGACCGUGCGGCCUCACGGCGAUGCGGGAAGCACUAGUAGUAAUAAGGAUCGCAUCUCUCAUUUCCCGCUAAACAAUCUCCUGGCGUCAUCCGAUGAAUUUUACCCAAGGUACUGGGGUCAACCCCCCCCCUCAUCCAAUCCGAUCGCGAUGCCCGACUCGUCCUCAUGGGGCUUCUCGAAUGGGCUGAAGGACGGGAACGAUGCGCGAGAGCUCGCUCCCCACCCUCACCCUGGCGAGGAAACCCCUUCCCUCCCGCAUACGGAAGGAAAACCAACCAGUGGGUGCACACACGCGCGUCUUACCCGACGCCCUUUGCGGGAUCGAUGCCGGAUGGCUCGUCAAAUCGCGGUGCGGUGGAUGUCGCGUCUGAUGCAAGGCCCUUCGGCGGAGACGCGUAUGGAAUCCUGCCGGGCGGGAAAAGCUAUCGGCGUGGAGGGUGGAAACCCCACAACACCCCCGCUUGCGAGGUCGUCCGCGAUCCACCCCGGUGAUUCCUCCCAUUCGGAUCCCCUUCAUAGCACCUUUUCGUCCGAGGGCACUCGAAAGUCUGGCGUAUGCAAAGGAUUUGACCGGGCCGUGGAUUCGACGGUCGCGCCUUCGCUUUUCAAUAUUGGGAACGGCAGGCCGCAUUCACGGCUAGGGAAUCCACGAAAUGGUGUGAGUAGUGCCGAUUCUUUUCGCACCGAUGCAAUAUCAAAGCAGGGAAACGAACGGGAGCCUACCCAGGUCGGGACCAAUCCCUUUACGUAUGAGCAGUUGGAGCUGGUGCCAGGGGAUGCUAGUAGCAUUCCCUCGUUGUUAUACGCGCUGCGUGAGAUUGCGCUUAGUUGUGCGUCGCUAGAAUUGUUUGAUAAACCCACGAGCGGUCGAGUGGGAGGGAAUCGCGGUAGUUUAGAGGGGCAAGGGUGUGGCAAGAAUGCUUCACGUCGCCAUUCACCCUCUCGAAGCCCUGCAAUGAGCUCUUGCUCAACCGAGUCCGAUGCCAAAACGCACACCGAUGUUCAUGAGGAACAAUGGAAUACGGUGCGGAAUCACUUUGCCACCGUACGGCGCCUUGUACUUAACGAUGAGGAGCUGGUUCAGGCUCUGGAUUUCACUUUUGGGGUCGAUUGGCACCAGGUGCCCUCUAGUACACCCGCCCCCGACGAAUCGGCGACGCGGGAGGAACGAUCGAACAAAGAAAUCGGUUCGAAACCCUCUUACCUUGCAGCUGCGCGGGCGAAUUGUGGAUCCAAACCGGCGGUAACGGAUCCAGACAAACCUCAUGAUGCGCCUCACAUGGUCGAGUUAGUAGCCGCCAAAGACCUUCAUGCCGAUGCCAAUGGCGACGCCAGUGGCAUGAUGGAAGCGCAAAGUCCGAUGAACCCUCACGCGACCUCGUUUCAUUCCCGCCAUUCCUUCACGUUGUCGGAAAGUAGCGCGGAUUACGCCCCUUCACGGUAUGUAACCUCCUUCCUGACGGAGCUCACGACCCCACCGAGUACGACACCGCACGGGAAUGGUGGGGAUCCCAAACCCCUUCCUAUGGGGCCUUCGGAGUCCAAUGGCCUCAAAUCUGCGGCUUUUCCCGCCCUCCCAUUGGGCGAGGAAUCGGCGAAAAAUCCACCGCAACGCGGCGCAAAACCCCAACAACGCGUCCUACCCAAUAGCCACGCGAACGGCCCUGUUCGGGCGCCGAAUCCGGUCGGCAAGACGAACCCGAGUGGGGCUUCCGUGGCGGCGGCGUCGACCAGCCUGGGGUCGUCGCCGCCGAUCACGUUUUGUUUGGAAUCCCGCGAGGAGAUGAUGCGGCGACGGAGUGCCGCUCCGCACGCGUUUUUCGCGGCCGCCUCCCCUUCUCAUCGGGGCGGGGCCACCUACUUUAAUUCCACCACCGUGGCGUCGUCCGCAUCGCCGACCGGGCAUGGGGAACCCGCCACGUCCCCUACCCCUCCUUCGCAUCAUCAUAAUAGCAACAACCCCAGUAAUAGCCUCGUUGGAGGGGUGGGGAGUUCACUUGGGAAGUCCUUCACUCCUCGGAGCCUGCCGAUCUCCCCACUUCUCGCCUUUAACUCCCCGGCAUCGCUCCCGCAGUGCCCGUACGACUACCUUCUUGUGCUCGACUUUGAGGCGACGUGUGAGGAGCACGUGCCGCCGGGGUAUCUCUAUGAGAUCGUCGAGUUUCCCGUCGUCCUCGUCGAUACGAAGCUGCACCGCGCGAUGGCGGAGUUCCAUCGUUUCGUUCGACCUCGUCAUAAACCGACGCUGAGUGCGUUUUGUCGAUCUUUGACGGGCAUUCGCCAGGAAGACGUCGACGCGGCCGCCCCGUUAGAGGAGGUGGUCGCGCAGUUUGAGCGGUGGUAUCGGCAGACGAUCCCACCCAACGCGCGGGCAAUCUUCGCGACAGAUGGUCCGGCCGAUUUUCGCGAGUUCAUGUACAAUCACAGCGUCGCCCGGCAGGGGAUUCGCUUUCCCGCGAUGUUUUACCAGUGGAUUGACAUCAAGAAGUCGUUUGCGGCCUUUUUCAACUGUCAGCAGGGCAAGAUUAAGGCCAUGCUGGAUGCCCUCCAUAUGCCUUUCAAGGGGAAACUGCAUAAUGGGAUGGAUGAUGCCAGGAAUUUGGCGAAUAUCGUCAUUGGUCUGCUGCAGCGGGGCUGCACCUUCUGUGAGGUCCCACUGAGCCGCCUUUCACCGGGGACUCCGAACACUCGCAUCGGUGGCGCCGUGGAUAUCCUCGGCGGGAACCUUUUCCUCCCGCCGGCAGCCGUCUCUAUCCCCACCCCGAGUAGCAAUAGUUCUUUUGCCCACGCGACGCCGGAGACGCGACGCGAAGUCGAUGACGAUGAACAUUCUCAUAAGAACUAA